UCACUCGCAGAAACUAUUCUCGUGUGCUGAUUCCUCUACCAGACUGAUUUUGACUUCAUUUCUUCCAUUUUUUGUUCAUUAUCCGCUUAAUUUCUUAACCGAGAAAUCUGAACGUCUGAUGAUUCACCCUUACAAAACCCAAAAAAGAACUACUUGCUGAUAAUUUUCAAUGCUAUCACUUGCCACUACCUAUCUAAUCAACUCUAAUAAGCUAAAUAUAUAAUUAAUAUGCAAUCAUCUACAAUUCCCAUAUACUCAGCUUCACUUUAUCCACUAAAAUUCCAUUCAUUACCCCCAGAAUUCAAUCUUUUUCCCUCAAAAAGUUCAGUUCCUCUUGGAAGCUGUUGCUAUUCCAGGCCUAAAAUGGCUUCUCUAGGUGGGUUUAGUGUAAAAUCUCAAAUGAGUACUUCUGCAAGUGUUGAUGAUAAUGGGUUUUGUACGUUGAUAGAUUAUAUGGGUAAAGGAGGAAUUGACGUGGGUGAUGAUUUAGUAGUGUUGUUUAGCCAUAUACAAUAUGCUUCCAAAAAGAUUGCAGCUCUUGUAGCAUCUCCUUUCAAUUCUGCUCUUGGUAAGCAAAGUAGCAUAGCUAGUGGUGCUAGUGGGUCAGACAGGGACGCACCGAAGCCACUUGAUAUUGUCUCGAAUGAAAUCAUCUUGGCUUCUCUUAGAAAUUCUGGAAAAGUGGCUGUCAUGGCCUCAGAAGAAGAUGAUGCUCCAAUAUGGAUAAAUGAUGAUGGUCCUUUUGUGGUGGUAACAGAUCCCCUUGAUGGUUCUCGUAAUAUUGAUGCAUCUAUUCCUACAGGAACAAUUUUUGGGGUAUAUAAACGCCUUGUGGAACUGGAUCAUCUACCUCAGGACGAGAAGGCUAUGCUAAAUUCUCUGCAGAGUGGAGCUAGGCUUGUAGCUGCUGGUUAUGUGCUAUAUUCAUCGGCCACAAUACUCUGCUCCACCUUUGGUUCUGGAACACAUGCAUUUACACUGGAUCGUUCAACAGGAGAUUUUAUUCUCACCCACCCAGGAAUUAAGAUUCCUUCUCGAGGUCAAAUCUAUUCUGUAAAUGAUGCACGAUAUUUUGACUGGCCGGAAGGAUUAAGGCAAUAUAUCGACACUGUUAGACAAGGAAAAGGCAGAUACCCUAAAAAGUACUCUGCCCGCUAUAUAUGUUCACUUGUAGCUGAUUUUCAUCGAACAUUGAUGUAUGGUGGAGUCGCGAUGAACCCAAGGGACCACCUUCGCCUGGUAUAUGAGGCAAAUCCUCUUAGUUUUCUUGCAGAGCAAGCUGGGGGCAGAGGUUCUGAUGGGAAGCAUAGGAUUCUCUCAAUGCAACCUGUUAAGUUACAUCAGAGACUUCCUCUAUUUCUAGGUAGUCCAGAGGAUAUAGAAGAGCUAGAGAGUUAUGGAGACGUUCAACAGAAAGUAAAUCCUGGUUAUGAAGUUUGAUGCUAUCAGUGAUCCCAAAUUACAGAGGAAUUAUGAUUGGACGUAUAACACUCACCUUCCAUAUUUCAUUGGCAGUCAAGUGCGGAAUGAAGAGUUCUGUCAUGAAAGGCUGGAAGAUGAUGUGGGAUGUCUUGCUCCUUUGUGCCUUUACUCAUAAUAUCAUGUAAAAAAAAUGAUUCUUCCGAAUGUGACAUGAGUACCUCCCCGAUCUAGCGAUUCAAUCCCUGUAAACAUGUUCUCCUUGUUGAUAAUAUCAUUUCCAAAAUAUCAGUUACAGUACCAGCAAAAUCAUGUUUUCAUUGCUA